AUGCCUCAAAGGGCAGCUCCCCAGCAGCCUCCUCCCACUGAAAGCUGUUUACGAAGAAAGCUGAGUCUUGCCUGGGACAAAAACAAGUGAAAAGAGCAGUGUGGCUGAUGGCUUCAGCACAGGCUCUCAGUCGUUUUUCCAUCUUCUUUGAAGGUUUUUAGUUUGUUUUUCUAAUACCACACAUGCACUGAUCCCUCAAAAUGCUCUCCUCUCUGCACCUUGUUUGCAUGACCAUGUUUUUUGUGGACAACGUAUUCAGCCAGGAGACAAAAGACUGUGUAGAACUGAAUGGUGUGGGAUACAGGGGGAAUCAACAGAGCACCUCCUCUGGUCUGACUUGUAUAAACUGGAUCAACAUUACCAGGGACUAUGAUGUGAAAGACCACCCAGAUUCACAAACUGGUGUUGGAGAUCACAAUUACUGUCGAAAUCCAGACUUGGCUGAGGGGCCUUGGUGCUACAUUGCUGGACUAGAUGGAGCAACUCAGAGAGAGUUCUGCAAAAUUGAGACAUGCCAAGGCCUAGCUACAGCUGUAGCACUGGAGGCUGGGUCCCCUCGCCCAACAGAAAUCACUCCAUCCACCAACAGGAUGGGCUCCUCUGCAGGUGAAGGGGCUGAGGGGCCAUCUGUUCUGGGAGUCAGCCAAAGAGUGCGGAAAGGCCCCCAAAAAAAGAAAGAUUUGGGCACUACUGGCUAUGUGCUGGGCAUCCUCAUGAUGGCUAUCAUAAUUAUCCUUGGUGCAGGCAUCACUGUGGGCUACUUCUACAAAAGGGGUAGAGACUUGAAGAAGCAGCAUGAACAGCGAGCAUAUGAACGUGAGAUGCAGAGGAUCAGUCUGCCCCUCUCUGCAUUCUCUAACCCCACAUGUGAGCUCGUGGAUGAAAACACUAUAGUUAUUACUGCAGAGCAAGAGGCCACCCCAAUUCAGGAUGCUCUGGAGGGUGGAGAUCCACUCAUGGGUCCAGCUGGGACCCCUGGAGCAUGAAGAAGAUCUUGCUUAUGAAGGACCUACUGUACAUGCAAUUUAGUGGACCAAGACACUCCCACUAACUUGUCUCCUGACUCUGAAUGGAGCUGUGGUGCUCACUCCAAAGACUAAAUCAAAUGCUGUGUUCUGUCUCUCUGGGAAUAGUGGAAGACAUAAUUACUAAAUCUAAAAAUCAUGAUGAGAAAAAAAAGCUUUACCGUUGACAACCACACAAUCUUACUGUGUAUUCAGUGUCUUGAAAGCAAAUGCUUUUUGGUGGUUUGGAUUUGGGUAAAAACUCAUGUUUGUACAUGAGUAUCAUUUGAAGGGGAUCACUGUGAGUGUGUAAUAGUGUUAUAAACAUGGGACUCAGGGACACAAUGGUUCUGUGCGCAAAAAUAGUCCCCCUCUGUGAUGAAAGGGAGACGUGAGUGAAACGGGUGAAGACUGGGUUUUGCCAUAAUCUCAGAAACUGCCUUUCAGCAUGAUUCUUCUGAAUGUAUUUGUAUAUUUGUUACUUUUUUGUAACUGACUUAUGGGCCAAUGUUACUGACGGUUAUGUCUAUAGAAAGAGAUCAGGCCUUUAUUUGCAGGUUAAGGAGUGACAGGAAAUUCACUGUGCUCUCAGGAAGAGAGAGACAAUAGUUCUCAGGACAAAAGCUCUGAGUGUGUGCAGUACACACUGGGAAGCCUUGUGCCUGGAUUUAACUCUCACAUAGAGUUAUGCACUUAAGAGUAGAGCCGUACAUAAACUAGAAUAGUAAAUCCAAAAUGAUUAAAAUUUGUGUAUGUAAAGGUGCUGUUAUAGAUUUGAAGUUUCAGCCAUUAAUGCAGUAUGCUAGUCACAAAAAGCUGUGUUCUUUAUAUGGCCAGAAUAUCACUCCACUUUGUUUUGAACCUUCAGUUGCUGGUUAUGUUUGACUACUAUUGCUCCACCAUAUGGUGUGCUGACUCUCAUUUCAUUUUAGAAAAUGAGUUAAAAUAUUGUUUAAUAUUUUUUGAUAAGUUUGUAUGAUAGUAAGUUUUCAUGUUUUUGUGACUGAAUUAAAACUAAACUAAACUAAACAAAAAUGUGUAUUGAGCAUUUAAUAUGUAUGCUUUUGUAAAGGUGAUUUACAUUAAAUAUUAAAGGUGCUCUGUAUUC